AUGCUUGUAGGAGAACAGUCGCCGGCACCACGGGUGGUGGCCGGUUUGAGGAAACUUCGACCGGAAUUGACACCUGGACCUAUUCCAACGCCUGUAGAUCCUGAUUUUAGGAUAUCAGGCGUACUCCGUCAGUAUUACAAUGACGACACAGAAUCCUGGGCUUGGGUGCGAGCAGCCGUCCGAAGCGGUUGCCUCCUCGUUUGGCGGGAUGGCACUCUCCCCAGAAGAGCUGCGGCUCGCUUACCACUCAGGGAUUUACACCUGCGCACCGCUACAUUGUUGCCAAACGCGUUCCAGCUCUCUAGGCUCCACGACGACUCUGCCGUCGCCACUUUUCAGACUUGCAAUGCUGCUGAAUAUACGAGAUGGGUGCGUGCGCUAUGUGUCGAAAUCCUGGGCCAAACUCAUUUACCACAAGUACGAUUUUUGGACGUGUUACCCGCUACGGACACUGCCAUCCGGGAACCAAAGAAAGAAACGUCUCAACAUGAGACUCCCUUAUACCCGCCAAAAGCUCCCCCGCGAGCUCGCCGGAGGUUGCUGACGUCGACUGAGACAUUACUGCCGCGCAGAGAUCAUUCCCCCGCAGCAACAGAUGAGGGCAUCGUCGUCGAAGACGACGACUACGACUCUUCGUCUGACCGCAGCCUUGACUUAACCCUGUCCCUCGACGCCUUGAAGACCACAGACGUGGUCGAUGCGCCAGUACGGAUGUCAGAGGUAAUCAAAUGUGACAAUUGUAGCAAACUAAACGCGGGAACGCAGCAACAUCACACUUUGCCGCGUGCCGCACGCUUAGAAACAGAAGGUCGCCGAUACUUGAAAAGAUGGGAGGGGACGGUAGGAGGCGCAGAAAGGGGCCGGUACGCAAUUGAAGCGGCUAGACGCAAAACUGCAUCGAUGGAAAAUCGUGCGAGAUCAUGCUCCCCGAAUGUACAUGAAGCUGUAGCUAAGUAUGUACCUGUGCGAGAACGGAGGGCCUUAUUUGAAUCGAUGUCCCGAACUACGGCGAGUAGUCUAGCACGAAGCAGCGAGCAAUUAGCUCGUAUCGAGAGAACACCCUCGGAGACAACCCCGAGAAGGGCCACGUCACUUCACGACCUACAAGCACCGCCAACGCGUUCAGUGAGCGAUCUCAGGCAGUUCUUCGAGGCGGUGGCGCGCGGCGCGGGCAGUUGCGGCGUGCAACGCCACAGUGCGCCGCCUAACCCCGUGCCGCGCGCCUUUACCUCACUCACGUGCGCCUGA